AUGGUCGUGGUCUCAGACGUCCAGAGGGCCUGGGAGGCCUGUGAUCGGACAGACACGGUCUUCAUUCUGGUCUGUACCGUCUUCUGCUGGCCCAUCAUUCCCGCUGUUGGACUCGGCUACAGCGGGUAUUCCACGCGACGGAGUGGCCUUGCCUCGUUCAUCCCAGCUGUCUUGACCGUCUGCGUCUGCUCCAUCCAGUGGUUCAUCGUCGGCUAUGCCCUUGCCUAUGGGGAUGGCCCCGGGGGUGUCAUUGGCGACCUCAAGUAUGCCUUCCAUCGAGGCGUGCUGGCCGAACCUGUCGGGAGUAUUCCGGCCGUACUGUUCAGCGAGUUCCAGUUGGUGUUUCUAGCCACAGUCUGUGCCAUUGCCAUUGGAGGCGCUUGUGAACGUGGUCGCAUACUUCCAUUGAUUCCUUUCAUCUUUAGCUUUGGUCCACCUUCAUCUACUGCCCUCUUGCUCACAUGGUCUGGGGCGGAGGUUCCUCAGUGA